AUGUUACGAGAUCAGCAAAUAGAAAAGGCUAUAAAAGCUAUAAACAAAGGAAUGACACUGAGAUUAGCGGCCUUAACCUAUAACAUUCCAAGAACAACUCUGAUAUAUAGAGUAAAACAAGGACUAUCGGGGCCCCAAACGCUGUUGACCACUGAAGAAGAAACCGAAUUAGCCAAUUGGAUACAAUUCUGCACCGGUGAUGGUUGUUACUGGAGUAAAAAAGAUAUGAUUACUAAUAUCGGCGAGUAUUUAAGAAAAAAAGAUAAGGGUAACUUGUUUAAAGACGGGGUGCCAGGCGAGAGAUGGUACCAUUUGUUUUUAAAACGACAUCCAGAGUUGAAGAAGUGUAUGAUUAUAAGGAAGGAAUACGAGCGGAAGUCCAAUAAAAAUUUGCUAUAA